CUUCUUUUCUUCGGACAAACAAUAAUGUCUUCUGUUUCUUCCACGAUUCACCUUCCAUUCUUCCAUGAUUCCAUUGCUUCCCAAUGUCCAAGAACUACGUCAUCUCUCUCCAUGGAUUGUGAUUUCUUGAAUUCCAAGAAGAAGAAAGAAACUUCGCAGCUUUUGACUCUAAAGCCACCUCUCUCUAAACAAGAAACGGUGACUUUCUGCCAUCUCAAUUUUGGGCGGAAGCAACCUUCGCCGGAAGAAUUGUAUCUCCAUGAAAGCUUGGAGUUUAAGAAUUUCAUUGCAAGAGAGACCUUUCUUAACGAAGAGUAUUGGAUAAGUUUUUUUUAUUUUUAUUUUUUUCUUUCCUUUCUUUUAAUCUUUUCUAUUUUUGCUUACCAAAAAACUUGCUAUUUAUUGCUACUAACGCAGAUAGCAGCUGCGCUAAGGACAGAACAUAGCUGGGAAAAUAAAUCAGGAUUUAACCACUAUGAGAAGAGGAUAGACACGAUUGAGGAAUAUGAUAAGAUAAAGAAGCAGUGCAGAGAACCACAACCCGGCCAUAGCUCCACAUGCAUCAUCGCGGUGAAGAAGCAUGUAAAGAGUGUAUCACGAAUAGUCCUACUAAGUGUCGUAGGAACGCUUGAUUUGAAUAUCAGAUGUUUGCAUCUUGGAGAAGGGGUGUAUGCUCCUGGUUUUCAAGUCAAGGGAACAUCAUCAAGCAGACACGGUUAUGUUGCAAACUUGGUUGUUGCUAAAUCAUAUCGACGCAAGCGUAUUGCAAGCAACAUGUUGUCUUUUGCUAUGAAAUAUGCAAAAUCUAGAGGUGUGAAUAGUUUUUAUGCUCAUGUAAAUAGACACGAUGGCCCUGCCUUGGCAUUGUUCCAAAAGUUGGGGUUUGAGGUACUUGAAAUUGCGAACCCCUUGAUGAUAUUGAGUAACUUGUACUUGCUUGGCUUACAGAUGUAAAGGACCAAAGAUAUUUUGCUUUGCUACGAUUAGAUAUUUUACGGUUUUAUAUUUUCUUAAACACUUGCAUGUAUUCAUCACAGUUUCAACAACUAUUUUUCAUCCAAAGAUUGUAAGAUUCAAACUGGUAUCGUAAUUAAUAUAAAUACAUGGUUUUUUCUCA